GUCUUUUGUCCCUUCGUCAUUUACCGGAAGUUUUCCUUGGGUCAGUGGAGAGAUUCUCCGGACUAUUUUAAUUCAUUUUGAUAUUUCUUCUGGUACAUUAUCAAAACGGGUCUAUUGUAUACUGUGUUUCGCGAAAUUGAUGUUUGGUAUACAUUCAAAAAGAAAACGUGCGAUGUGAUGGAUUUGAAACACCGACAAUUUGCCAAUCAAAGUGGGAACUAGCAGGUCACUGACAUCUUCAUGCAAAUGGGUUGAGGAUAUUCUCAAAGGCCCAUGUUUGUUGUGAUGUAUGGAAGAAGCAGCAGUGUUUUGUGUUGAAGUUCGUCAUAUCGCCAGGUCAUAAUGUCAGGUGAAAGUACAACAGAAAACAUUCCACUUCAGCCGAGUACAUUAUCAAAAGUGUUAUCAGAGGAACUGUCCCUGGAUUCAUACUUAGAUGCGCAGACUAUAGAAAAAGAUGUGCAGCUUGACGAGGACAGCAGCGACCUAACCAAUCUAGAAAAACUACCUGAUGUUGUUGAUGAUGCUAUAACAGCGGCUGUAGAGGCAGCGGAGAAUGUCCAGGCUGCUGAAAACGAUGAAGUUGAAAGUAUAAACUUGCAGGAGUCGGAUCUGAAUCUCCCGGAUGCAGAACAGUUAAAUAUACCAGAGGAUGAGCUAGGAUUGCCUGAUGAUGAUGAUGAGGAGGAGGAGGAUGGAGGGAGUGAAGCUUCAGACGAAGAAUCAGAAGAGGAGUCAGAUGAAGAAGAUGAUGAAGAAGAAGAAGAGGAGGAGGAAGAAGAAGAAGAGGAAGAGGCUACUGAAAUAGAGCCUCCACCUGAUUUAACUAGCAUCAUUGAUGGUCCUGAACCAGUUGCCAUGGAUACGGACCUGGCAGCAGCUCUGCCGAAUGACCUUGAAACUGUGCCGAUGGAGAGUGUUCCAAGCACGAGUGAGGUGAAGGAGAAAACCGCAAAGAAGGGGAAGAAGAGGAAGAAAAAAACAAAAGGAGAAAAGAAAGCUAAGAAGGCGAAAAGGAAAUCUGGAUUUAGGAGAAAAAAUAUCAGGUCUAUUAUCAAAGAAGAUGAACUGGAUGCAGAGACUCUGGCCGCCCAGAAUGAGGAGUUUGAGAGGAAGAAGCGUCUCCAGGAGAUCCAGAAGACUCUGCUAGCCAAGGCCCAGGGUCAGAAGGCCGAGGAGAAGGACAAGGACUCCCAGCUGAAGUCACUACUACAAGCUGCGGAGGAGGAAGCCACCAAGAAUGACGAAGUUGUGAUCCUGGACGAGGAGGACAAGAAGUCCGAGCCAGAGAAGGAGAAAGAUGUGAUCGACAUCAGUUCGGACGAGGACUGUAUGGUGGUGGAGGACAAGGAGGAGGAGGGCGAGGCAGAGGAGGAGGACAUGAACAAUGGAGGAGGACACAUCGAUGAUGAACUCAACUGUGCGGACGAACAGGGUCGUGUUCAGGUCAACAUCGGACAUCCCAACACUGACCCUGACAUCUUCCUCUCACACAAGAUUGCCAAAAACAUCAAGCCCCAUCAGAUCGGCGGUGUGAGGUUCCUGUACGACAACCUGGUGGAGUCCCUGGACAGAUACAGCAGCAGCAGUGGUUUCGGCUGCAUCCUCGCUCACAGCAUGGGGCUGGGCAAAACUAUCCAGAUGAUUGGAUUUAUUGACAUAUUCCUGCGCAACACCAGUGCUAAGACUGCCCUGUGCAUAGUGCCUAUCAACACACUGCAGAACUGGAUGAGUGAGUUCAAUCACUGGGUACCGAUCGAGGCGGUGCCAGAGUUCCCAGGCAUGGUGCCACGACCGUACAAAGUCUACUUGAUGAAUGACAACUACAAGACGAUGGUAGCAAGGGCUAAAUUGCUUGGUGAGUGGUCGGAAACUGGAGGAGUGCUACUGAUGGGCUACGAGAUGUAUCGCCUCCUCUCCUCGAGGAGAUCCAUUCCCGCUAAACCAAAGAAAUCCAGGAAAACCACAAACUCCUCCCAGUCACAGGAGCCCGAAGUGAUCGACGUCGACGAGGAGGAUAAAAAUAAAUUAUUAAUGACAGAUAUGUUUUCAUCGCUGGUCAACCCAGGUCCUGAUGUAGUGGUGUGCGACGAGGGACAUCGGAUCAAGAACAGCCACACAGGAAUCUCUCAUUCACUGAAGAACAUCCGCACAAGGCGGAGAGUGGUGCUGACGGGGUACCCGCUGCAGAACAACCUGAUGGAGUACUGGUGCAUGGUGGACUUUGUCAGGCCCAACUUUCUCGGCACCAAGACAGAGUUCUCCAACAUGUUUGAGCGGCCAAUAAUGAACGGCCAGUGUUCUGACAGUACGCUCAGUGACAUCAAGCUGAUGAGACACCGAGCCUACGUGCUGCACAGCUUGCUGGGGGGAUUUGUCCAGAGGCGUGGACACACAGUAUUACAGCAUGCACUGCCGCCAAAGUACGAGCAUGUGUUCCUCAUCAGAAUGUCUCCCUUACAACGCAAGCUCUACAACGAGUUCAUGAACACCAUCCAGGACUCAAGUGGUGAUGGCCCCUUCGCCACGAUGAACGCUCUCAAGGCCUUCGCCGUCUGCUGCAAGAUCUGGAACCACCCGGACAUUCUCUACAAGCUGGUCAGUCAUCAGAAGAAUGAAGCUGCUCCAGAGAGUGACCUUGACAUUGAUCCAGAGGGAGGGGCAAAGAAGAAAAAGGCCAAUCAAAAGGCAUCCGAUUCUGAAAAGAAUGUCAUCAGCUAUGAUUGGGCCCAUGACUUGAUGAAGGACUACAAGCCAGGGCUUAUCGAGAAUGGUGGCAAGAUGGCCAUACUCUUCUCCAUGAUCGAGCAGACGCUUGCGAUGGGGGAAAAGAUGCUGAUCUUCAGUCAGAGCCUCUUCACGCUGAACCUGAUCGAGGACCUGCUGUCCCAGGUGGAUGUGCAACGACCUGACAUGCAGGAGAAGUGGGCUCGGAACAAGUCUUACUUCCGCUUGGACGGGAGUACGCCGGGUACAGAAAGAGAGAAGCUGAUCAACCAGUUCAAUGACCCUGAGAACAAAAGAUGCUGGCUGUUCCUCCUCUCUACAAGAGCUGGUUGUCUGGGCAUUAAUUUAAUCGGCGCCAACAGAGUUGUGGUGUUGGAUGCGUCCUGGAACCCGUGCCAUGAUUGUCAGGCUGUGUGUCGAGUCUACCGUUUUGGUCAGGAUAAGAACUCGUACAUCUACCGACUGGUAACAGACAACAGUCUAGAAAAGAAGAUCUACGACAGACAGGUCACAAAGCAGGGCAUUUCAGAUCGUGUUGUGGAUGAGUUGAACCCGGAGAACCACUUCACACACAGCCAGGUCGGGAACCUGCUACAUUAUCAGGACAAGGAGUUGCCGGAUAUAGACUUCAGCAUGGCUAGGGAGACCUACAGGGACACUGUGAUAGGAAAAGUGCUAAGCAAUCAUGGCCACUGGGUGUCAAAGGAACCGUUCUCUCAUGAGUCGCUACUAAUUGACAAGAAGGAGCUGCGCCUGACGAAGAGAGAGAAACAGAUGGCGAAGGAGGCGUACGCUCGGGACAAGAAGAUGAACAUCUCCUACACACGACCAUCAUAUGCAGCAUUCUACCCUCACGGCCCCUCCAACACCCCCAUGUCAUCCAUGGGGGCGUAUAUACGACGUGUGGGCCCAUCCCGCCCUGUGGCUAGUGUGAAGCCAAUGAUCUCUACUCCGGUACCGAUGAGGUUGAAGGCAGAUGGCAAAGCACCCAUUGGUACCAUCGUGCGACCCGGGGUCACAGUUCAUCAGGUCAUCACGACGACAGAUAUUGUGUUGCCAGGCAACAACACAAACACACAAGCAGGUAUGCCUCGAAGAAUCCCUGCAGGCCAACAGGUGCUUGUUAUAAAGACUCUGAAGGGUGUAUACAUUCGAACCAGUGAUGGCAAGCUAUUCGCAGUGCGCUCCAAGACUCCGGGCAAUAUAACAGGAGGCACCAGUGUGACUGGCGUCGCAACUACCACGACAACAGGUGUCAUUACCCUCUCCACUUCCAAAGCCACUGGUGCUCCAGGAGGAAAGGCAAAGUCAACAUGCACUACAAUUGUCAUUCCCAAGACCAAGAACCUCAAUUCCAACUCACCCGCAAGUAUCAAAAUAGUGCGCCCCAACAUCUCACUCAAGUCUGGAGGGCCCCCAACCAGUGUGAUCAUGCCCCGCGGUCCUGCUGCAGGAGGCAGUGGCCAGGGGACCUCCAUGCUGGCAUCCAUCUACUCUCAGACUCAGGCCGUCAACAAGAUUCUCAACAAGUCCCAGCAACCCGGAAGUUCCAAGUCGGAACCUUUGUCAGGCCCUGACAGGUCUAGCAUGAGUGAGAUUGGAGACUCCAGUCGAGACAUGUCAGCCUCGAGUUCACCCGGACACACAUCAGACUCUCAGCCAGUGUCCGGGAGUUCCUCGCCCGCUGGAAGUAGCGACAAGGACUUGAGACUCCCGGAAUUUGGUGUGUUAGGUGUCCCGAACUCUGGUAGGUGGAGCAAGGGCGGCACUGUGUUGCAAUCUUCACCAUCUUCUUCUUCCAACUCAUCAGCUGUUGUAUCAAUGUCAUCUGUCGCUUCUCAGUCUGGUAGUUCUACUGCAGCUCUCUCUCCAGCCUCAGCCUCAGCCUCUGGCCAGCCUGCCAAGCCCAGUCCAUCUGUCACAACCUCGGUACUACCUGCUGACCAGUCUGUUGCCAAGAUGACCGGGCCAGCUCCCUCACCACCUACCCCCAGUCAGCCUACACAGAACCCGCCCUCCAUCAAACCUAGUGCUCCUCCUACCCUUCCCCCAGUAGCCACAGCAUCUGCGCCAACCCACUCGGUUCCUCCUCAGCCUGUUCCAACACAAGUUGCUGCUGCUGCAGCUCCACAUCCUCCACAGUCUACUCAGACCACUUCACCCCCAAGUACACUUCUAGACUUAGAUUCAAUUAAACCCUCAUCCACCCCCAUCACACAGCCCCACCCGUCCCAGCCUGGAUCGCAGUCGUCACCCUACCCCCAGCAUCAGCCUUCAGGCCCCCGCUCAUCCAUAAUGUCAAACAACUCACAGUCUUCCAACUUCUCCAUGUCCAACCUAGCAGGCCCAUCAUCACACCAAAUGCACUCGCAAUACGGUGGCCCGAGCAAUAUGGCAGAGUCCUCACGUCCAGAACAGUCACAGAUGCACUCGCAGUCCGCCAUGCCAACUCACAAUCAGGCACAGAAUCAAUCUUCAACCCAAUAUGCCCAAUCACAGCCCUCGACACAUCCUCCGUACACGUCUCAGGUCCAGCCACAGAGCCAAUCACAGUCCUCCAGACAGAACCCUAUGGCCCAAUCACAGUACCCGACACCGACCCCUCAGUCUCACUCCUCCCAGCCAUCGGUGCAGUCAGGGUCAAUGUUUGGUAACCCGCUGGCCCACCUGACAGCCCAGUUCGGGUCAAACCAGCAAGCGAGCGGGGUAUCCAUGUCACCUUACCUACCCAAGCCAGUGUACCCAGGCCACUCCACCACCUCACAAGAAUCUGCCUCCUCACAGCUGCCAAGCACUGACGACACCAGUAUGCCGAGCCAGCGGGGCUAUGGGGAGACUGACAGUGCCAUGAACUACAACCUCAAUAACAACACCAGCAACAACAAUCUCGGCUUCGGUGGGUCCAACAACUACUACAACAUGGGAGCCGGGAUGUCACAUCAGUUGUCAGGGUCGUCAGGGGGAGGUAACCCACAGAUGAUGCACAACCCCUACUUCCCCGGCGGAGGGAUCAGCUCCUACCCCUACCCAUCCCACAUGUCGAUGCUGGGCCAGGGGCCCGGGAUGGGCUACAGCAUGCCAUUUGGCAUGCAGAACCCCAUGUCCACGCCCAUGGCAAGCUCCAUGCCCAUGAUGGGCGGCGGGCACGGGAUGAUGGGCGGCGGGAUGGGACAAUCGCAGCAGCAGACUCCAGCAGCAUCGACACCUGCCUCAACAACUGACAACAGUCACAACUCAACUCAAGCCCCUCCCACAACCUCUAGCAACCAGUCCAAUGUUCCUCAGAUGCCCAUGCCGUUCCACCCGGGAAUGUACGGCAUGGCCCCCAACCCCCUGCCCUACCCCGGUAUGCAGUCGUUCAUGAACUCUCCUUCCAUGUACAUGCCGUACGGCAUGCCAGCGAUGAUGCCCUUCGGCCCCAUGAGUGGAAUGGGCAACCCCAUGCAGUCCCAGUCUAGUCAGAUGGCCAACUAUGGCCAGAACUCUUACGGACAGUCCAUGUCUCAGGAUGGGGGUGGUCAGGGCCAGAGUCAACCAGAUGGCAACAAGUAAAUGUGCAGGCACAGGAUUCAGUGAGGACAGGGAUUCACCACGAAUGUUGUGUGUUGUGGAAUUCACCACAAAUAUUGUGUGUUGUGAUAACAGACGUCUUAUGUAGGACAACACGUCAGUUGGAUCUGUGACCUUCUGGGAUAUACUUACCUUAUUCUGUGAUGUCAGUUUCAUUCAGCCUAGUGGUUAGAUGGGAGGCAGAGGAAAAGGCGUAGCACUAGGUUGAUAAUGCUUCUGACAAGAUUUCAGGAAUUCACUAUAUCCUGUGUUGAUCGUUGGGGUGAACAGAAAUAAGGUUCUUCAUGUUGAGAUACUUACCAUGAGCUAGGGCCGGUUACGAUGUUUGGAUAUGUGACAUGCAGAAACCACUGGAGGAAUUCCAAGUUACAUGCCCUGGGUGAAGGUCAGUGGACCUGGAGGAAGGUCAGUGGUCCUGGGUGAAGGUCAGUGGACCUGGAUGAAGUUCAGUGGACCUGGAGGAAGUUCAGUGGACCUGGAGGAAGGUCAGUGGUCCUGGGUGAAGGUCAGUGGACCUGGAGGAAGGUCAGUGGUCCUGGCAUGGUAUCAUGUAAGACCAGUGCUGUCUAGACAUCAGCCACUUGAUGAUGAUGGAUAGGGUUGUGUCUGGAGAAUAUCAGAAAUGUUAGUGAUAGCAUCUCAUGGCAAAGGAUGUGGACCAGCUGCCAUGGAUACAUGAUGGUAACCGCUGCUAUUACUAUGGUUACAGCAGGUAAUGUCACCCCUUCAAAGUUGUCAUGCUACCAUGGUAACCGUCACAUAAUUGAUACCUCUUCCACACAACAGAUCACAGGGUCCUGGAGGAACAGUAUCAACAGACUAGUGUUGUAGGGUGAAUCAGGCUGAACUGUACAACUGUCUGACAAAGCACACUGGCUAGGAAUAUGCACUGUUGGCAGUUCCUGUGACCAAGGAAGACAAAGACUCAGAAAGUCGCACAAGAGUUGCCAUGGUUACAGCAGACCAAGUGAUCUCAUGAACGGACAAAAGAAACAUUGAGUGAUUUCGCACACUGUUACAAAGGGUAUCAUAUAGUCAUUGGCUAAGGGAGACACAAGGCUUGUUGUAAUGUGAAAUGUGCUUGUAAGUUGAUGCUGGCCAUUACAUGGUCAUAUGAACUGUUAUUUCAAAAUAUAUGUACGCCUCAUAGCAUCAGCUGGCAGACUGGGUGUAAUUUUGCAUACACAUGCCGAAGUUUUGAAGAAUUCAUUAAAUAUCAAUAUCAAAUGUCAUCACAUAACAAAUUACUUUCUGCAAAGAGUCCAAAAAUAUUUGCAACUAGAUCCUACAGGAUAUAAUAUGCCUGUAUCAAAUUUAGAAUUUUUUUUGAGUUAUAUUUUAAGGAUUGUUUGUUAUUGUAAAUCAGAGAAAUAGUAUGGACUAGAGUUAGCUAUUACCCCAAGCACACGAAAUAUCGACUGGCAGGAAUGUCCUUGUAGAUUUUAUUGUAGGUAUCCCCAAUGGAGUGUUGGUUGUCUGUCAUGGAGGCAAGGAACAUGUGUUCUCCAAGACGGUGCUUCGUUGCAAUUGUUACCAUGGUUACUGUGUGUAGAUACCAUUCUAUUUCACCUGCAUGUACCAUGUAUUUAUUCACACUGUUUCAGUUUCACAAUCGAUUAGUGUCAUUUUGUAGUGGCAUUUUAGACAUAUCAUUUGUGGAUUUCUAUUUAAUGUAUUUACUGACAGGAUAGGUGUUCAUAGCUGCCUGUCACUUCUUAAUCAUGUUUAUAUGGUCACGAUUUUAGUCAUUUGUUGAAAUGUUUUCAUUGUUGCACAGACUGAUGUAAAUUCCCAAAUCUUAGCCUAUUGUCAAUCCUUUCAGUUUACCGUCUAAACUGUUCUGUUCUGUUCCUCACAGGAAGGGGUCAUGGUCCAGUGUGCAUCAUACUAUUCAUUAAGGGCUAACAAAUUGGGGAAUAGAUGAUCAGAAUUACUGCUGGCUCAGAACAACUGAGUGAUCAUACUGUUGACUACUGGUUUGAAGGCCCAGCUUUGACUGACCAUGAUACAGCUGCUGUUUUGCUGAAUAUGGCAUGUAACACCAUUCUUUCUCAUUCUCUCGACCGCCCUGUUACUUUCCUUCAGUGCAGUGAAGGUCAAGGUCAUGGUCACAAUACCUUUCGUUUUUUGGGAGAUUACUUCCAUCAGUGGCAAAUAGUUUAAAUUCAAAAGAAACUUCUGGUCUUUUUGGGAGUAUUAUUUCAGUAAAAUACUACAUCUACUUAUCGCUGUGUGGUUUGUUGAUUAUAGUUGUGGAUGUUUAGCGAAAGACACAUCAUGUUUGUUUCUGUCUUGGCAUUAUGAUUUAUUUGCCGUUAUGUAUGUCAUCUGUCAGUUAAAUUCUCAUAGUAUCAGUGUUUCUUGGAACUAGAUCCUUGUUUCAGGAUGAGUGCUUAUCCAAGAUACUGACAGAUAUUGUGCUAACAUUUAAUGUUUUUGUCAACAGUAUAUAAAUAUGUUAGGUUUUCUCGUAAGUAUCGACCAGGUAUCUUGUCACCUUGACCCGUGUUGUGUCACCUUGACCUGGUAACUUGUCACCUUGACCUGGUAUCUUGUCAUAUUGACCUGGUAUCUUGUCACCUUGACCUGUAUCUUGUCACCUUGAUGUGUAUCUUGUCACCUUGAUGUGUAUCUUGUCACCUUGACCUAUAUCGUGUCACCUUGACCUGUUUCAUGUCACCUUGACCUGUAUCGUGUCACCUUGACCUGUAUCGUGUCACCUUGACCUGUAUCAUGUCACCUUGACCUGGACUCUUGUGUACUGUCAGUGACUGAGAUUGUAUUGGAACAUCUCCUUCCGACCAGUCACUUGAUAUGUUCUUAUGCUCAGGGAUU